ACAGUUAGGCUGAAUCAGUCCAAAUCACAAAUCAGUUGUGUCUCGACCGCCACAGUGUUAGGAGACGUUUUCACAGGGCGACUAACAAUACAUUCUAUCAUGGAAACUAGGAGUCAAAGGAUUCUAAACAUGGCUGAAGCGAGAAACAGGGAACUGGACAAUCGUUUAUUGAAUUUGCCAAGUUAUGAAACGACAAAAGGUCUUCAACGACAUUAUAGAGAACUGACAAUUAAAAAUUUUCAAGAUGCAUCGAUAUCAUCAACUACGGAUGAAUCACUGACAACAACCAAUGUUAGUCCACAAAUUCAAACCAUACCAAGAAAACGAAUCAAUUUAGAGCGGCUCGCGAAUUCGGAAAAUGCUAGAGCAUUGGAUUUUGAAGACGACGAACAAUCAUCAUCAGAACCCGAACCUUUUGGUUCAGGCGGAUCUGAAUCUGAAUACGUACCUAGUGAUGAGUCCCGCAGUAGUUCGAUUAUACCGGAAACUCCUGAGAAUGAGCUAUCAACUGAUUAUGACAAUGGUCACUUUUCACAAAGUCAACCUGUCCAUAAUAACGGAAACCUUUCUUCAUUGGUAACUGACCAGGAAACCGAUAACCUCCUCUCCGAUGUAACUAGUUCUACUAAUUGCAGAAAAAAAACAGAACAACAUAUCCAGAUAAUAUGUGCAAAAAAAACAUCUAGUGGAAAGAGAAUACGGGAUAAAGACCAUAGUUGUUUUUUUUGUCACAAGUUGCUUCGUAAUUUAGCCAGACAUUUUGAAAGGGCUCAUGAUAAAGAAAUGGAAGUUGCCAAAAUUCUGAGUAUGCCAAAAUGUUCCAAAAGACGAAGAGAUGCUUUCAAUGCUCUGAAGCGUAAUGGUGACUUCUAUCAUAAUUGUGACGUACUCUUAUUGCAAAAGGGAGAACUCGUCUUAUCACGUAGACCAACCGAACAAGAAAAAAAGUUUCUGAAAUAUUCUGAUUAUGGUCCUUGUCCCAAAUGUCUAGGUUUCAUGAAGAAACGGCAUCUAUGGCACCAUCUUAAAUAUUCAUGUGUCUGCAUGAAGGACAAAAAUAUUUUGAAAUCGUUGAAAACAUCACGGCAACCAGCUGCUGAGAGUACUUCCCUACUGAAUGGAAUCUAUGGGCAAAACCUAACACAAGAUUUUCGUUCUAAUAUUUUGAACAAGCUGCGAAAUGAUGACAUAUCUGAAAUAUGUCGCAAAGAUGAUCUCAUUCUACGAUAUGGAGCAUUUCUCUAUGAAAAAUAUGGUAGCACUCAGAGAGAACUAAUAAGACAAUCUAUGCGGCAACUUGGGAGGUUAACAAUAGAGCACACUAAGGGAAAUACGAAUGUAAACAAGUUAAUUGACGCUCUCACUCCUGAAAUGUUUGAUGCUGUUGUCUCAGCGACAAAGUCUCUCUGUUCAACAUCUACCAAAGUAGCGAAAAGGACUGAAUUUGGAAUUCCAUCUUUGGCGCUGAAAAUUGGGUAUUCUGUCAGAAAAUGCAUUGGGAUUGAAAGAGGUUUAUGUUUGCGGAAGGGUGACCUGAAAAGAAAUGAUAUACUGUUAGGUUUUUUGUCGAUUUUGGAUUUGGAGUGGAGCGUCAGAAUCUCAUCUAAUGCAUUAGCUACUCUGCAAUCUAGAAAACUCAAUUCCGUUGAUUUACUUCCAAUUACUGGUGAUUUGAUCAAAUUGAGCAAGUUCUUAGAAUUUAUGAUCGGAGAAACUAAGAAUGACAUGAAAAGAGAAAAGAGUUUUCAAAAUUGGAGUAAACUAGCAUCACUCACCUUGAGCCGUAUCAUUCUUUUCAAUAAAAGAAGAUCAGGAGAAGCUGCAAGAAUGAGAGUUGAGAACUACACUAACAGACCGGCAUGGCAAAGUCAAAGUGUAGCAGAAAUGAGAGAAUCUUUGACGGAAUUUGAAAAUCAGUUAGCUAGUGCCUUAACGGUUGUAGAAAUAGUAGGAAAGCGAGGAAGAAAAGUACCAGUCUUGCUCACUGAAGAAAUGAAAGAAUCUAUCGAUUUUCUACUGGCAACUCGUAUAGAAGUGGGAGUGCCCGAGGGAAAUCCUUUCGUGUUUGCACGGUUAGGUGAAUUACAUUCCUAUAUGAGAGGCCACGAUUGCAUAAAAAAAUGGUGUUCUGAAGCAAACUUAGAGUCGCCAGAAACGAUAACAAGUACAAAGUUAAGAAAGUACGUAGCUACCGUUUGUCAAGUUUUCAAUCUCAAAGAGAACGAGUGUGAUUGGCUAGCGAGACAUUUGGGUCACGAUAUUAGGGUCCAUCGUGAAUUCUACCGUCUCCAUGAAAAUACAGUUGAGCUAACCAAAGUCAGCAGGUUGCUUUUGGCAGUUGACCAAGGAAAAGCACAUACAUUUGCUGGAAAAUCUCUAGAGGAUAUUCAAGUACAAGAUUUGCCACCUAUAGAAGAAGAUCCGCCUGAUUUAGAUGGAAAUGAUGAAGCUGAUGAUGAAAGCAAUGAAGGAAUUCUAAGGGUCAGUGCUGGGGAUUCAGCAAACAAAAUGGAAAUAGAAUUACCAUCAGAACCAUCACUUGAAAAAGCGAAACAAAAACCUAAAACCACCAAACCAAAAAGGACGAAGAGGGAGGCAGCUCUAGGAAGAGUUCCGUGGAAUCAUUCUGAGAAGGAAGUUUUGUUGAACGAAUUCAAAAUUGGAAUAAAAAGAGGAAUCGUACCAGGAAAGGCUAAGUGUACGAUGAUAAAACAUGAUCAUGACAAUAUACUCAGCAGUAGAUCAUGGACUGAUAUUAAAUUUUUCGUUAAGAAUGUAAUAACAAGAAAUAAGAAAAAUCGAAACUGAAAUUUCAUAGUAUAUUGUGUCACAAGGGCAGAAAAUGAGCUUCAGUAGCCUGUGGCUAUUAGCUGAACAAAAAUCCUUGAUUUCAUGAAAUUUUUCAUUUUCUUGCUUCCAAACUAUGAUGCACACUGACAAUCAACAAAAAUUUAUGUGAAAUGCGAAAAUUCGCAUCACGCAAGUUAAAUACAGGUGUAUAGAUAGUGGAAAACUACAAAAUCGUUUUGUAAUGAGUUUAGCAGCCCAAAGAACGAUUUUCAAGUUUUUCACUAUCUGGGCACCUUUGACUGUCAUUUGCGUGGCGCGUUUCCUGCUGUUCCACAUAAAUUCUCCAUAAGAAGUCAGUGUGAAUCUAAGUUUGGAAUCCAGAGAACCAAACAAAUCUCAUGAAAUCAAAGAUUUAUGUAUAAUCUCUUUUUCUGUGUAUUCUUGAUAGGCAAGAAACAAUUAGG